AUGAACAAGAGAAAAGCAGACGAUAUCGUCGUCCCUGAUAUUGCAGAAGAUGCAGCUGAACGGAAAAGAGUGCUUAACGUGCUGGCACAGAGGAGAUACAGGCAGCGAAAGCGAGAGCAAUUAGCUGAGCUUAAAGCGAAGGCCAAACAUGCAAAAAGCAAGGCCCCAGAGUCAAUCGAGCAUGCUGCAUCUCCUAGAUUUGAGUCUUCACAAAACCAGGAGCCAGUAAACUUACCAGUCGUGGUUGAAGAACAAGUUCCAACGCCUCCGGAGAUAGACUAUGAAAUCCCACCGACAUUCGAUGGUGUGCCAUCAUCAUUUGGAGAUAUCUUCAAUCCACAUGGUAAUCCUGUUGAGACAGACGGAGAGUCGGCUCUACUUGGUCUAGACAGCAUGCCGGAAUUCAACUUUGACACUUCAUUUUUAUCUGCGAUGGGGAUAGAAACGCCUCCGCUAGACCUCCCUUCACCUCCAUCGGAUGACCACCUCAUGCCCUCAUCACGUACCUCGCCCAGUCUCUCUAUGCUCUCUCUCCAGUUCCUCGCAAAUCAACCCCAGGAUGAUACCCAGCCACUUUCCUCCGCCUUACAAUCAUUCCAGUCAUCCAACUUUACGUUUCCGGACGAUAAAAUCCUCGACGUGCCGCCGUUAACUCUCCUGCGGGCUAUGCUCACCAUUGCGACUCGGCUGAAUCUGACAGACCAUAUCUGGAAUAUCACAGGUAUAAGUCCGUUUUAUACGGGUUCGACUGACAUCGAUGUCAAUGGAGCCCAGCCCCGGCUAUCUUUAAACUUGGAAGAUAUCCCGAAAAAUUUCCAACCGACGCCCACCCAACGGCUGGUUCCACAUCAUGCCCUCCUGGACCUGCUGCCAUGGCCCAGUGCGCGGGAUAAAUUGAUCCAGGUAUUUAGCUUGCCAGUACAGUUACGUCCUCCAGCUGCCGCGGACCCGAUGGGACUGAUGGGCCUGGUAUACGACAUUGAAGAUGCUGGUGAAGGACUCAGAGUCAGUGGACCAGAUCCGUUCUCAUCUGAGAUGUGGGAAGUCGGGCAGCUCGUCUUCCAGCGCUGGUGGUGGGCAUUUGAAGGUAGCAUAGUGGAGAGGAGCAACCGUCUACGAAGCGAAAGGGGGGAGCAAGGGCUGAUACUUGGAGAUGUGCCAUGA